AUGUCUUCGCCUCCCAUCGAUUCCAUGUCUUCUGCAGCUGGAACUCCAGACGCCGCUGUCAUGCUCCGCAACAUCCUUUCAUUCAUCAACUUUGACCUGUCUUUUGCCUCUGGUGCUACGACCGGGUCCAUUGUGGAAGAUGUUGUCUCGGACGACUUGGCCUUGAUAGGAAUGCUGAUCGGUUUCCUUGUCUGUUCGAUUUUGGGCUUCUUGAUGCUCAUCGAUGUUGCAUUGAAAAUGGUCUAUCUCGCGUAUCUAUACAUCUGCGAGUUCACGCCGUGGGCAAAAGCUGAGGAGCUCCAGAGGAGGGAGCGAGCUGUCACACUGAAGGAAGCAUUGGUCGAAAAGAAGGCACGUCGGGUCAAAAUGGAUGUUGAGAUCGAAGCUUCUGCGCGGCUUGUGUAG